UGACACCAACCAAACAAUUCCACACAAAAAUUGCACAAAAUUUGCCACCUUCCCCAACCCAUGACUCACACAACAACAACGACAUCCUCUUCCCCAAAAACUCCCAUUUUUGUGCGACGUUUAAGGAUUAAUAAUUAAUCACCGAUUCAUAUGAAAUGCUUUCCCAUUUCUCCCUUCUUCACUCCCCUUCUCUCUCCUCCUCCUCCUCCGCCCUCUCUCUCUCCUCCCUCGCCCCUCUCCGCCGCUCCCUCCUCCGCUCCCUUCGCCGCCGUAAUCACAACCUCACCGGGAAAAUCUUCUCAGUGAUGGAUUCUCAACAGAGUGCUUCGGUUGAACAGGUGACCGAGGAUUUGAAGAAUCAGAAGCUGACCCAUGAUAGUAAUCGUACUAAAUUGAAGCUUGAAGACCUUAAUUGGGAUCAUUCCUUUGUUCGUGAAUUGCCCGGUGAUUCUAGGGUUGAUAAUAACCCUCGUCAGGUCUUUCAUGCUUGCUAUACAAAAGUUUCACCCUCUGUAGAGGUGGAUAACCCGCAACUUGUUGCAUGGUCUGAUUCAGUUGCUGAAUCUCUUGAAUUAGAUCCUAAAGAGUUUGAGCGACCUGAUUUUCCACUAAUAUUUUCUGGGGCGUCCCCAUUUUUCGGAUCAUUGCCGUAUGCUCAAUGUUAUGGUGGUCAUCAGUUUGGCACAUGGGCUGGUCAGUUGGGUGAUGGCCGGGCAAUUACAUUGGGUGAGCUUGUGAAUUCAAAGAAAGAAAGGUGGGAAAUACAACUGAAAGGCGCUGGCAAGACCCCAUACAGCCGCUUUGCAGAUGGGCUGGCCGUUCUUCGUAGUAGCAUUCGAGAAUUCCUUUGCAGUGAAGCCAUGCAUAGUCUUGGAAUCCCCACAACACGUGCCCUUUGUCUCGUAACUACUGGGAAAUUUGUCGUCCGAGAUAUGUUUUACGAUGGCAAUGCAAAGGAAGAACCCGGUGCUAUUGUCUGUAGAGUUGCUCCUUCCUUUUUGCGUUUCGGUUCAUAUCAGUUACAUGCCGCUAGAGGAAAAGAGGAUCUCGAUAUUGUUCGACGUCUUGCAGAUUAUGCCAUCAAGCAUCACUUCCCCCAUAUCGAGAAUAUGAAUCAGAGUGAAAGUUUGUCUUUUAACACAGGCUUUGAUGAACAGUCUGUUGUGGAUCUCAGCUCUAAUAAAUAUGCAGCUUGGGCAGUCGAAGUUGCUGAGCGUACUGCUUCAUUGUUUGCUGGCUGGCAGGGGGUCGGUUUCACACACGGUGUUCUAAACACUGACAAUAUGAGCAUAUUGGGCCUUACAAUUGAUUACGGCCCAUUCGGUUUCUUAGAUGCUUUUGAUCCAAGUUAUACCCCAAACACAACUGAUCUUCCUGGUAGAAGAUACUGCUUUGCAAAUCAACCUGAUAUAGGCUUGUGGAACAUUGCACAGUUUGCUGCGACCUUACAAGCAGCUAACUUGCUUCAGGAUAAUGAGGCUAAUUAUGUCAUGGAAAGAUAUGGGACUAAAUUUAUGGAUUACUACCAAGCUAUUAUGAUUAAAAAACUCGGACUGCCAAAAUACAAUAAAGAUUUGAUCAGCAAACUUCUUAACAACAUGGCCGUUGACAAAGUUGAUUACACAAACUUCUUUCGACUACUUUCCAAUAUCAAAGUUGACUCCAGUAUUCCGGAUUCCCAGCUAUUGACCCCCCUGAAGGCUGUUCUGCUAGAUAUUGGCCAAGAGCGCAGGGAGGCGUGGACGAGCUGGAUGAAAUUAUAUGUGCAAGAGCUCGCUUCUAGUGGAGUUCCCGACGAAGAGAGGAAGGUUGCUAUGGAUUCCGUGAAUCCAAAGUACAUCCUCCGAAAUUAUUUAUGCCAAAGUGCCAUUGAUGCAGCCGAACAAGGGGACUUUGAAGAGGUACGUAGGGUAUUAAAAGUCAUGGAAAGACCGUUUGAUGAGCAACCCGGGAUGGAGAAAUAUGCCCGCUUACCUCCCGCUUGGGCUUAUCGGCCCGGCGUCUGUAUGCUCUCCUGUUCUUCGUGAUUCAACGAACAACUCACUGUGAAAUGAUGAGUUUAUUAUGCAGGAGAUUGCAAGGGUUACUUUCUGUACAUAAAUUAGAUAAAUCUUCAAUAUUUUACACUUUUGCUUAGCUUUUGAAAUAUGUUUUGCAGUUGAAAAAUUGCAUCUUUUGUUGUUGUGAUACCAUUGUAAUUUCCUUAACAAUAGUCUGCCACUCUCGGCUUUUCCGCCUUUGUUAAUCAACUUCCACGUAUGAGCUCCCUUCGAAGUUCUAA